AUGAUUUUAAGAAAAAUAGUAAAACAUGUGAUCCUGAUGGAAGUGUUUAUCCUAGCUUAUUCUCAAGGCGUUGCCUGCACAGUAACAGAAGACGACCUACAGCACAUACAUAGCUAUUGGUCCAAUGUAGUAGAAAGCUUGGGAAGAGAAGUUAGUAUACGCAAUGCUUUUCUUGAAAAAGUUAGCUCUCUUAAGGAUAAGGCGAUAAUUGGUGUAUAUACGAGCGAAGAGAUAGAGAUGGGAAGGAUGAGGCUAUCUAAGAUAGCAGAAAAACAAAAAGACAUCGAAAUAAAAACAAGGCAAAUACAAAAGAUAAUAGACUUAUUGACAAAUCUGUACCAGUGCAUAAAAAAUGCAGACUCUCCUGACAAAAAAAGAAGAAGCCUUACCAUGGCUAGAAUACAAACAACCAUCUUGGAGACCCUUCUUCUACCGGCUCUCAAGAGCUUUACUUUGGUAGUCAGAAAAAUAAACGAGAAUGAUUUGUGUAUGCUAAGAGCAAUAGAAGAGCACAGUAGAAUAAAAAAUGAAAAUGAAAAAAUAAGUGAGCUGCCACUGUUCAAACUCGCAAAGAACAAUAAAAUACUGGCUGUUGAUGUUGUACUCAUGCUCUUUGAGAAGGAUUUGUGCGAAAUAGUUGACAACUCAAGAAAUAUAGCAGAUUACAUGCACAGAUCAGCAAUGAGCCACAUCCCUCACGGGAAUGUAAGACUGUUUGUCAGUGCGAUAAAAGACAGUCUGAUAGAAAGCAGAGCGGAUCCACUAGUAUCAGCAGACAGACACUUGCACUUACUGUUACAUGAUAGAUACAAGAACUCUCCAUCUGAAAUAGAUAAAGAUACAAUGAAAGUGUAUCUUAGCCUAUCAGAGAAAACACCCUGCAACGAAGAAAGAAGCCAGUCCAUGAAGAUAACACCCGGGCAGGCUGUAAAUGUAAUAGCAAUGGAAUGUUUGAUGAAUGGGCGCCUUUUGGACCAUAGAAGAAAUAGUUUAUUCAGUGCCCUAGGAAAGGCAAUAGAAAAUAUAACUGUAGAGAAUAGCACAGAUAUUCCUGGAAGUAAAAGAACAGAAAAAGAAGAACAGGAUAGGAUACUUGAUGCUCUAAGUGUUAUGUGGAGUGACUGCAAAUAUUUACUAUCUAAACCUGUGGACAUUGACUUCUUCUGCGAAAAGAACAGGAUUUAUUUUGACUUGGAAAGAGUGCAGAAUACCCUUGUAUGUUCCAAAUGGAUGUGUGAAAUAAAAAGACACGGGAGAGGGAUGGAGUAUCUGUCUUUUGACAAUAAACUAACCAAAGGAAUACACUUUGACAUGUUGUACACACAUCCCCUGUGGUAUGUAUACAGAAGAUGCGAAAGCAUCAGUGAUGUAAACAGUGCAAGCAUUGAAACUAGAGAAAAGCCAUUUAUAGAAGUAAAUGCACAGGGCAUUACAGUCAGGCCGUACAGAAUAAGUAGGUCAGAUGAUAGAUUAGAACGAGCAAAGUAUGUGAGUGCAUGCAUUGCAUCGACUCUUUCAUCCGCUGACAUUAAAAUAGUAGAAAGAGAAGAAGAGAGCAAAGAAAAUAGCAGGAUAUUCAGUGGUUUUUAUAAGUACAUGAAAGCAUCCGAACAAAAAAGUGAAAAAAAGAAAGAACAGAAAACCAAUCAGUGUAGAUAA